AGCAAUAAAUAAAUAAAUAAAUCUCCGGAAUACCAGCUGGUAUCUAUAUCUUCUCUCGCCCCUGAUCUCCUCUCUCACAUAUAUAUAGCCACAUAUAUACACACUCAAGUCUCAGCUUCUCGCGCUCUCUCUCUCCCAGUCCCAGCUCCGUCGCCCCGAGGAUAUGGCAAUUGAUCAGGAAGAAGCUUCGUAUCAUACUUAUGGCGGCAUCGACGAAGAUGAUGAUGAAGAAGAAGAAAAAGAGGAGGAGGAGAAAAGCAUGCAUGGGUGUAAGCGCAUGUAUGGCACCGCAUGCGGCGGGGCUCGGAGGGGAGGUUGGUUCCUUGGGCGGGUGCUAGACCCUCGAGCCAGGUGGAUUCAAGAGUGGAACCGGGUAUUUCUCCUCGUUUCUGCAACUGGACUCUUCGUCGACCCUCUCUUCUUCUAUGCCCUUUCAAUAAGCAAUACAUGCAUGUGCCUCUUCAUUGAUGGAUGGUUCGCCAUCACAGUCACUGCACUCCGCUGCAUGACCGACGCCCUGCACGUCUGGAACAUGUGGUUGCAGCUCAAGAUGGUGAAGCGCUCGCAUGCCAUGGUGGUAGAAGACGGAGACAGUCUUCGCAACGCCACUGCUCGCUCCGUAGCCCUCCGAUACUUGAAGGCCAAAAAGGGUUUCUUCUUCGACCUCUUCAUCAUUCUCCCCCUUCCCCAGCUUGUGCUAUGGGUAGCAAUUCCCUCUCUGUUGGAAAGAGGGUCGACCACCAUUGUAAUGACAGUGUUCUUGAUUAUAUUCCUCUUUCAAUAUCUCCCCAAAAUUUACCACUCCGUCUGCCUCUUACGUCGAAUGCAGAACCUCUCGGGUUACAUAUUUGGGACUGUUUGGUGGGGGAUUGCACUUAAUUUGAUCGCUUAUUUUGUUGCAUCACAUGCAGCAGGUGCGUGUUGGUACUUACUAGGAAUCCAAAGAGCAGCAAAGUGCCUGAAAUUGCAAUGCGGAAUCACAGAAGGGUGUGGACCUAGGACAUUAGCAUGUCAAGAUCCUAUCUACUAUGGAACAAGGAUGGUGAGAGAUAGAGAAAGGUUGGCUUGGGGAGAGAAUGUGCACGUCAGAUCCACGUGCAUUGACAGCGCUGACAACUUCGACUAUGGAGCUUACAAAUGGACCGUCCCUUUGGUUACAAACGAAAGUCGUUUGGAGAAGAUACUCUUUCCAAUCUUCUGGGGCCUCAUGACUCUCAGUACGUUCGGGAACCUAGAAAGCACAACGGAAUGGAUGGAAAUUGUGUUCAAUAUCAUCAUCAUAACCAGUGGCCUCCUCCUGGUGACCAUGUUGAUCGGAAAUAUCAAAGUUUUCUUGCAUGCAACUACAUCAAAGAAACAAGCAAUGCAGUUGAAGAUGAGGAAUGUGGAAUGGUGGAUGAGGCGGAGGCACUUGCCUCAGGCUUUCCGGCAGAGAGUACGUCAGUAUGAGCGACAGCGGUGGGCAGCCAUGAGAGGGGUGGAUGAAUGUCAGAUGAUCAGAAACCUGCCUGAGGGGCUUAGGAGGGAUAUCAAAUAUCAUCUCUGUCUUGAUCUUGUGAGACAGGUACCACUGUUUCAACAUAUGGAUGAUUUGGUUCUGGAGAACAUAUGUGACCGUGUGAAAUCCCUCAUAUUUCCGAAGGGAGAAACGAUUACUAGGGAGGGUGACCCAGUUCAAAGAAUGUUAUUUGUUGUGAGAGGCCAUCUCCAAAGCAGCCAAGUACUAAGAGACGGUGUAAAGAGUUGCUGCAUGCUGGGACCUGGCAACUUCAGUGGAGAUGAGCUGCUGUCCUGGUGUCUCAGGCGCCCAUUUGUGGAACGUCUACCUCCAUCAUCGUCGACGUUAGUGACACUUGAGACCACUGAAGCCUUUGGGCUAGAAGCUGAGGAUGUGAAGUAUGUCACUCAGCACUUCCGAUAUACGUUUGUGAACGAGAGAGUGAAGAGGAGUGCACGGUAUUACUCGCCUGGAUGGAGAACCUGGGCAGCUGUGGCCAUUCAACUAGCUUGGAGGAGGUACAAACACCGGUUAACACUCACUUCAUUGUCAUUUAUACGGCCGAGGAGACCGUUGUCUCGUUGUUCUUCUUUGGGAGAAGACAGGCUCCGCCUCUAUACAGCUAUGUUAACAUCGCCAAAGCCUGACCAGGAUGCUUUCUCCUUCUGAUUUCAGGCAAUCACCUUAGUUGUCUUCAAUUUGGGGCUUCUUAUCAUCUUUUUUUGUUAAUUUCCUCUCUCCAAUUUUGUAUAUACUCACUCGAGGGCCUCACAAUCGUUCUGAAAAUCUUACUGAAUCAUAGUUGUUUUAAUGUAGAAGCUGUGACAGAAAUUACAAUUCCAAAAUCUGAACAGAGGAGAGAGAGGAGAAAAGAGUUAGAAAUAAUGACAUUAUUUAAUGUGCUUUUUACUUUUUUUUUUUUUGGCAGCAGCGAUUCCAUUACUUAGGUAAAGAGAACUGUACAUCUUGACAUACUGAGUUGUAUGUUAUCCUAAGCUGAACUUUGAUAUACUAAUAUAUGAGCAGCAGUACUGUAGUUUCUAUUUA